AUGACUAAUUCUUUUGUUGUAAAACCUAUUAUCGUUUAUGAUAAUGCGGAUACAGCUAAAGUAGAUAUAUUUGCAGACAACCGUAAUAAAAGCGGUGUGUACCGUUGAAUAAAUAAAGUAAAUGGUAAUACCUAUGUGGGUAGUUCCAUUAAUCUUUCGGUGAGAUUUUAUACAUAUUACAGUUUAGCUUCUUUAGUGUCAAGUAAGAGACCAAUUGAUCGUGCUUUAUUGAAGCACGGAUUUUCUAACUUUAAGCUAGAGAUCCUAGAGUAUUGUGAGAUAAAUCAAGCUUUAGUAAGAGAGCAAUACUAUAUGGAUAAUCUAAACCCCAACUAUAACACAGCUAAAGUUGCAGGUUCAACUUUAGGUUAUAAACAUACACCAGAAGCAAUAGCUAAAAUGAGAGCUGUUGUAUUAAGUGAAGAGGUUAAAGCUAGAAAAGCUUUAUCUACAAAAGCGGCCACGGCCUCAAGAAAAUUGUCUAUUUUAGUUACAAAUACAUUAACUAAUGAGAAAAUGGUAUUUAACAGUUUAACCGAGGCAGGUCUUGCCUUGGCUGUCAGUAAAAUGGCCGUUAGCCUAGCUAUUAGAGAAGGAAGGUUAUUAAAAAAAGUCUAUUUAAUUAGCAAAGGGAUUAAAUAG